CCCUGCUAGAAAAGUAAAGUAAGCAUGUCUUUUUUUUGGCUGCUUUUCCUGCUGGGGGUCUUCCAUGGAAGGACGACAAGGAUCAGAUGAAACUCUGAAUAGCUUGGUAGAGAUCCAACAAAAGCUGCGAAAGAAAUUGAUAACAAAGGAUGAUUUUCCAUGGAAAUUACCAGCGAAAGCGUCAUCGCCAUCAUCGUCAUCAUCUAUGCAAGCAGAAAAAGGAGAGGAGGUAUUAAAGUAUGUAGGUGGGGUAGAUAUGAGCUUCUCAAAGCAAGACCCCUCCGUGGCAUGUGGAUACCUUGUGAUUCUAGAGCUUCCUUCCCUGCGUGUAGUCUACGAGGAUUGUUCCCUUGUCAAGCUUCGAGUCCCAUAUGUCCCUGGUUUCCUUGCCUUCCGCGAGGCCCCGGUCCUUCUCCCGCUCUUGGAUAAAAUGAAGAAGAAUCAGAAUCCUUUCUACCCACAGGUAUUACUAGUUGAUGGCAAUGGAUUACUUCAUCCUCGAGGUUUCGGCUUGGCCUGUCAUAUAGGUGUUAUGGCAAAUCUUCCUUCAAUUGGAAUUGGGAAGAAUUUGCAUCACGUGGAUGGACUAACUCAAUCUGGGGUGAGAGAACUUCUUAAAGCCCAAGAAAACAAAGUUGAAGAUCUUAUCAAUUUGACUGGAGACUCUGGCUUUAUAUGGGGAGUGGCAAUGAGGUCAACUCAGGGUUCAUUGAAGCCUAUAUUUGUUUCAGUUGGCCACAGAGUGUCAAUUUAUACUGCUGUCGUGAUUGUUAAAAUGACUUGCAAACACCGUGUGCCAGAGCCUAUACGGCAGGCUGAUAUAAGAUCAAGAGACUAUCUCCAAAAGCAUCAAAUGAGUGUGCUAGGGGGAUGGGACUGCUCAGAGGCUUAAACUAUUCUGUGUUUGGUUGGAUCAGCAGUACUGAUUGUAAACCUGUCUCCUGGAAUCCCACCAGUGAAUCAGAAACUCUGAUUUCUUGCACCCGCUGACAAUGGAGAGGUAAAGACAGCAACAAGAUUAGAUCAGUUAGGUCUUGGAGAUCAUGGCCAAGAACUAUGCCAUUUCAUCAAGGUCCCCAACGAGACGGAACAGUAGCAGAUUAUGCCCCUUGCACGCUUUGAAGUCUCACCAUUUUUAUGAUCUCAGGUUUGGCAUAUGUAAUUCUUUCUGCCCUCACUGGGGCUCAGAGUUAGCUCUCAGGUGAGAUUAGUCAGUCAUAAACACAUAAAUGUUUUAAAACAGGUAGUAGCAGUGAUCUCCAUUCCUUUUGUAUCUGUGCAAUUAAAUAGUAAUUAUCUACUGCUGAGGAAAAUCUUGCUGGGAUGUGCUAGAGUUAAUUCAAGUGUAAGUUCAUCCUUUCAACUGAUUUUAUGAAAUUGGUGGAUAAUAUAUUUUACUUUUGGUUCA